AAACAGUGUCACUGUCAACUGUCAAACGGUAUUGUGUAACUUCUUUUCGAAAAAGUUGUGCUUAUCGUACAAUAAUAAUGUCGUUACUUACUUACAAAUACUACGAUACGCCGGAGGGUCAAGAUAUUUAUAAGAAAGCAUUUGUUACAACCAAAUAUGCUACCUUGGCAGGUUUUGCUGCGGCUACGUUCGACGUUUUAAUGUUCUCACAUCCAAAAGGUAUCGUGAACACCACAGGGCGAUAUAUGUUUUACGUCGGCCCUUUGGUCGGUAUGGCCACGGCUUUUACAGUUACAGCAAACGUUGCUCAAAACAUGAGAGGGAAAAACGAUGGCCUUAAUUACUUCUUGGGAGGAGCAGCGGCGGGUUCAAUUUUGAGCGCUUGGACGAGAUCUCUGACUAUUGCUUUGCCAGCGGUUUGCGUACUGGGAGGUGCCGCCCUUGUAAAGAAGGCUGCCGUUGAUAAUGGCUGGGUUCUUGUACCCAAGGUACCUCCUAGUGCUACAAAAACUAUUAAAUCUGUUAGACACGACUGGACAAUGGCCAAGGACAUAGAGGAGCUUAAGACAUGGACCACAGGUAACAAGUGAGAUGGUGGAAAUCAGCCAGCCAGUAGUGUGUACAUACAAAUGCAAUAUGAGUUAUGUUAAAUUAUAUGCUUUAAAAAUUUGG